CUCGAUUAAUGCCCAGUUGAACUCGGUGACAGCAGCAUAGAAGAAAUAAGGCUGUCCACCAAAACACAUCAAAAAGCAAAGGAAUACAAAGUGUCCGAAUAAGAAAACGAUGUAUGCCUAGGCUUUUCGUGUAUUAAACCAUAAAUAAGUAACCUCAGAAAUGCCAGAUAAAACAAUUGUAUUGGACGGUGGUUUGGCAACCGAUUUAGAGGCAGCUGGCUUUAAGCUACAGGGAGAUCCUUUAUGGAGUGCAAGAAUACUUUACACUCACCCUCAAGCAGUUAAAGAAGUACACCACAGAUUUCUUCAAAGUGGUGCUGACAUUAUCACAACAGCAACAUAUCAGGCAAGUAUUGAGGGUUUUAUGAAGUAUCAGGGACUAAGUUUGGAGCAAGCCAAGACAGUUAUGAUGUCUGCAGUGCAAAUCGCUAAAGAUGCAAUACAAGAUGUCUUGCCCUUUUGUCAAAAAUCAGGAAGAAUGAAACCCUUAGUAGCUGGCUCAGUUGGUCCUUAUGGUGCAUUCCUACACGAUGGAUCAGAGUUUACAGGGGCAUAUGAGGAACAAAUUAGUCAAGAGGAAUUCAAAAACUGGCAUCGACAACAGAUCCAGUGUUUAGUAUCAGCAGGAGUUGAUUUACUUGCAAUGGAAACAAUUCCUAGCCAGAAAGAAGCAGAAGCGUUAGUGGAUCUGCUAAAAGAGUUUCCUGAUACCAGAGCUUGGCUGUCAUAUUCAUGCAAGGAUGAGCAGUGCAUUUCCCAUGGUGAAAGAUUUGCUGAUGCUGUGAAGGUAGCAAGCCGAUCAAAGCAGCUAAUAGCUAUUGGUCUAAACUGCUGCUCACCAGCUUCUGUCAGUCCACUCCUGGCUUCAGCAGUAAAGCCUCCUGAUUUAGCUUGGAUUGUAUACCCAAACAGUGGAGAGGAAUGGGAUGUUGACAGUGGAUGGAAAUCUGAGAAAAGACCGCAUUCUAUUGCUGAUUUGAGCUUAGAAUGGGAAAAACAGGGAGCUGGAUUGAUUGGCGGAUGUUGCCGAAUCACUCCCUUGGACAUUGCGGAGUUAAGGCAAAGAAUACACCAGCGUCAUAUCUGAAGAUCUGAAGAAAAUUUAGUGUUUAAAUGUGCCAAUACUGAAAUAACAAAAAUUAAAUAAAUUAUAAAUAUUCACUAGAAAGUAAACUUCUAUAAAGACACAGUUUCAAUUUGUAUCUUAAAAUUAAUCUCCAUUUAUUCUACCACUAAAAGGCAGAACAUACAGACAUAUACAUGCAUUUCUGUUUUGUUACACUAUACCAAAUAAAAUGUCUUAAGAACUUCA